GGCCUGGGGUUGAGCCUCCCUCUGGCCGCACAGCCUGGGGUGGAGACGGGCAGCAGAACGACUGCGGUCGUGUAGGCUAAACGGUGACGUACCGAAGGCACCAGACACCCGGGGAGGGUGCACUCUGCGCCGGCCUCCCCUCCCGCAGGACCUAGAGGCCGGGAGUGGCCCUGAGGCCAUUCUGCGUUCCUCCGGGUCGAUCACUGUGUCUGAUUCUGAAGACAGAAGGAGUUAAUGCAUAUCUUGCUUUCUCUCCAGAGCACAUAACUUGAAGGAUUUUUAUAAUGGCUGCAGCUCCUCAGGCACCAGGGAGGGGCUCGGUUCGGAAGACAAGACCUUUAACUGUAAAGACAUCAUUGAACAACCCGUAUACUAUCUGCUGGAGUGCUCUGGAGAGAGAGGAUUUGCACUUCAUCUUACAGACACUUGAAGACAGAUUUAAAUCAAUUGGACUUGAGAAAAUUGAGAAUAAGAAAAGAAGUAAAAAGCAGUUUUUUAAAAAACAAGGCAGAGACAAAUGUAGCAUAGAUGUUCAUAUGAGUGAGGAUCUGAAGGAGAAAAAAACAGAAGAUAAUGAACAAGUAUCAGGGUGGACUUCUGUCCAUGUGAGGAAGCAGCUUGCCAUUGGUGUUAAUGAAGUCACCAGGGCUCUGGAAAGGAACGAACUGCUUUUGGUUUUAGUGUGUAAGUCAGUCAAGCCUGCGAUCAUCACCUCACACCUGAUUCAGUUAAGUUUAAGCAGAACGGUCCCUGCUUGUCAGGUUCCCCGUCUCAGUGAGAGAAUUGCGCCUGUCAUUGGCUUAAAAUGUGUACUAGCUUUGGGAUUCAAAAAGAACACCACUGACUUUGUCAAUGAAGUGAAAGCUAUAAUCCCCAGAGUACCCAAUUUAAAUGUACCAUGGCUUCAAGACAGACUUGAAGACUCCAGGGAAAAUUCAGAGUCUGAAUCUUUGGAAAGCCAAGACAGAGAGAUUUGGGACACUUCCUUUGAAGACCUCUCUAAACGUAAGAGAAAGCUCACUGAAGGUCAGCAGGCUGCAGUGCUACAACCCCUUAAAAUAAAGAAACUGAUUCCAAACCCUAAUAAAAAAAGGAAACCACCCAAAAGUAAAAAAAUUACUUCAAAGUAGUCAUGUAUAAAUUUGUCACUACAUACAAUUGGAAAAUGACACCUUGUAAAAAACCUUGAAGCUAAUAAACUGAAUUACUUUUACAUAGAUUUGUGGGAGAUUGUUUGGUAAAUGUUCCUUUCAAAUGCAUAAGACUUUUUAUACAGCACAGAUAUGCUGAAGCUUAAAAACACUAAAUGCAGAAAAUAUUCAGAAGUAUGCAUAUCAAAAGUUUAUUGACACUAAUGUCCAUGCUUGUAUAGAUUCACUUUUUAAAGGUUGGUACAAUGCUUGUGAGCAAAAACAUCUGUAUCCUACAGCACUUAACAUCUUUCUCUCAAACUUAGAAAAUGUACCACAGUACACAUGGUUCAAAUUAGAGUAGAUGAAACUGGACUGCAGAUACGCCAUCAGUUUUAAAGGAAAGAUACUAAAUGCUAAGCAAUACAUUGUCUUCAGAAACAAUACAUCAGGUUUUUACUUCCUUCUAUUUUACUUCCUUUGGGUAGGUCUAAGCAUUGGCUUGGGAGAAAGGCUUGACACCUUUAGGAAAAGCCAGAUAAGGUCUUUUGACUAGUUAGAAUUCACCCCUUUACAUGGUUAACAUUUCCUUGAAAAUUUAACAUGUAUAAAAAGUGUGAUGGUAAUCAGGUGAAAUGAGGCAGGAAGAAAAUAAAAAAACGGAGCUUGGAUUCUCAGAGGCGAGACUGUACAAUGAUGGGCGUCCUUCGUGUUAGGAAAUGGAGCAUAAUCAGUACUCUGGUUAUGACAGUGUCUGCUACCUACAGUGUGUGCUUGAAAAAGUAACUUUUUCUAAUUUAAGGGGAAGAGUGGCCAGAGUUUAUUUUCAGCUUUAAUUCUGUUUGAUGCAUGAAUUAUGCCACCUCCACUCAUUUAAAUUUUACUGAAUACUAUCGUGGC